AUGGUUCGGUCCACCCUGAUUGUCCGAGCUUCCGACGCCCUACCUCUGGCAGCAAGUGUUGACGACGAACAGACAGAGCAAACACUUCAGGAACACAAGCAGCAAGCGAAGCUCGUUUUCCGGCGCAUUACGCCCAAUGCGGAACCACGGUGCUCAAUCGAAAGCGGGCCAUAUACGCUUCACUACCUCAUUGCGGAUGGCGUUGUUUACCUUGUAAUUGCGGACAAGUCAUACCCGAGAAAGCUCGCGUUUUCAUACCUUGACGAGCUAUCAAAGGAAUUUCUGACAUCAUACGGUGCGAAAGUGGAGACUGUAAGGAAACCGUACGCGUUUGUUAGUUUUGAUACGUUUAUGGGCAAGACCGCUCGACUAUACCAGGAUACGCGGACUGCAAACGCCGCAGGCAGCUCACAUGUGGACAAGCUGAAUGACGAAUUGCAAGAUGUGACGCGUAUCAUGACCAAGAAUAUGGAGGAGCUACUGUGGCGAGGAGAUUCUCUUGAUAGUGCGUUUGCAUGUUUCCGUCGGGAUGCCUUGUCGCUGUAG